AUGGCUUCUGUUACCUCCAAGAACGGUAAGAAACAUGCUCUUAAGGUGAAGGAUAACAAAAGUGCCAAGAAAGCUAAAGUUGAAGUCGAAUCUUCGGCUAGCAGCGAGGACAUUUCUUCAGCGGAGGAUGAUGAGGAAGAAGCCGAUGAGCAAGACGAGUUGGAUGCAAGUUCCGAAGAAGAUGAAUUAGAUCAGGAUUCUGGCGAUGAAUCAGACCAGAAAGAAGCAAAGGUUGAUUCUGAUGACGAGGAAGACUCAGUAACCCAAGAAAACUCAGUUGGUGAUGAUGACAAGAAAAAAAGUGAGAGUGAAGGUCCAGGACAACACGCAGAGCAAAGAAAGCUACUCAAAGAGCGUAAAAUGCAAAGAAAAUCCGGUGCCGAAGUUCAGCAAAUCAAGUCGCUUUGGGAAAGACUGCGGGUGAACAACCCACCAGUGCCAAAACCAGUACGUGAGAAAUUGGCCAACGAGGUCUGGGAACUUUCAAAAGAUCGUAUAAGUGAUUUGGUGAUGAAACAUGAUGCAUCGCGUGUCGUGCAAACACUGGUAAAAUACUCCUCGAAGGAACGCCGUGAGCAGGUGAUUGAAGCGUUGAAGGGCAAGUACUACGUUUUGGCCACCUCUUCUUAUGGUAAGUACCUUCUGGUCAAACUAUUGCAUUACGGUACAAAGCAGUCCAGACAAUUGAUCAUCGAUGAAUUGCACGGAUCCUUAAGAAAGCUUAUGAGACAUCGUGAAGGUGCUCACGUCGUUGAAGAUCUGUACGUGUUGUACGCUUCCCACGAACAGAGACAACAGAUGAUCCGCGAAUUCUGGGGUGCAGAAUAUGCGGUUUUCAGAGAUGCUCACAAGGACUUGACCCUCGAGCAAGUAUGCGAGAGCAGCGCAGAGAAGAAAAACAUUAUCAGCAAGAACUUGAUUGGCACCAUCACCGCUUCCGUUGAAAAAGGUUCCGUUGGGUUUCAGAUUUUGCAUGCCGCUAUGGUCGAAUACGUCAAGAUCGCGGGCGAUAAGGAGAUCUCAGAAUUUAUAGAGGUGCUAGAGGACAAAUUUGCAGAGCUAGUACAUACUCCAGAAGGAGCUGAGGUCUGUUCUACCCUAAUAGCAAGAGCUACAGCUAAGGAGAGAAAAAUAAUCAUCAAGAACUUGAAAGACCAUGCGGACAAUUUGAUCAGAAACGAGUUUGGUAACACUGUGUUGACCACUGCACUAAUGUGUGUGGAUGAUACAGUUAUGAUGUUCAAGUCAUUCGGACCCGCCAUAAAAGACCGUUUGCAAAGCAUCAUCGUUGACAAGUUUGGAAGAAGACCCUUCUUGUACAUACUAUUGGGACUUGACGGAAAAUACUUCUCACCUAAUGCCAAGAAAGAAUUGCAAAAAUACAUUCAACUUUCGGAGAAGACGUCCAAGAAGCCUUUCGAGCAGAGAAGACGGGAGCUUCUGAAUAAGUUUGCGCCCAUGUAUCUCAGCACCAUUGCCAAGUACUACGACCUGAUUUUGGAAGAAACUCUUGGGUGUCAGUUUAUAAGCGAAGUGCUUGUCAACGAUGAGUUUUACGAGCAACUUGGUGAACAAGACCAGCAGAAGUUCCAGGAAGUGAUCGACACCAUUGUUGCCUAUUUCAAAGGUGAUAUUUCCGAGGACACUCAUCCGAUUCAUAGACCUUUCUCGGUCCGUCUAUUAAAAUCAUUGAUUCAGGGCGGAAAGUGGAAUGCCAAGGAAAGGAAGCUCGAACCGUUGCAUAAAGUUCAAGGGCUUGGUCCCGAAUUUGCCCAGAAAUUCUACGAAGCCAUCAUUGACGAAACAAAUUUGUUGGAUUGGAUCAACAACGCUGACAGCUCUUUUACCGUCGUAGCACUUUAUGAGUCGCUGUCCAAGGCCGGAAACAAAAAAUUCCUAAAAGACUUGAAAAAGGUCGCUAAAAACAUUGACAAAGACAGCAACGACAACAAGGGCGGUCGUCUGUUGGCAAAGCUAAUAACUGAGAAUUCGUAA